AUGGCACCCAACCCUUUUCAAACGAUCGCCAACAUGGAUGUUGUGCUGAAUCGCGAUGGCAGUUCUCGGGCAGAAGGAUCGUCGAAUCCGUCGGGAGAAGCCGUGACGCUGGCGACGUCUGGCAAAAUGGGCCGAGACGCAGACAGCGUCAUGCGGCAUGUGUCGAGUGUGGCGGGUCCCAAAACCUAUCAGGAUGAUGUCGCUUCUUCUGUGGGAUCCUAUGCCCCCACCUUGGCGACGAAUAAACAUCAUGCUGGUCUUCUUCGAGACAGCAGCACUAACAACCACUCGUCGAUCAUGGACUGUUCCAACCGGGCACGGGUAUCCGACUCGGCCAGGAUGGCGGCAGCGGCCAAUCUAGCCACGGCGGCGAUGAAGGAUCAAAGCGAGAAGGAAGACGAGAGUGUCAAUUGGAAUGAUGGAGUGUCAUCGGUUGGUUCCUUCGCACCCACUUUGGCCAAGUUGCAUUCCAGCAAGGCAUCCUUGGCAAGCACCCAUGUGGGAAGAGAAGAAGACAAUAGUAGCAGAGACGAAAAUAGCAGAGAAGACAAAGUUGAAAAGGAGCUUACCGACAGCAAUUUAAGUAUUGAAUAUUCGGAUAGUACCGACCAGAAUACUGCAAAACGCAGCAUGGGUCGGGAAGCCAACAGCUACAAUGAAGAUGACAUGAUUUCAUCGGUGGGUUCCUUCGCCCCAACGUUGGCCAAUAAGUCAACCGCGGGCGGAAAAACUGCGGCAACCAAAGAACUGAACGACGAUUCGUUCCACCUGCAACAAGAGCAGGAAAAGAAGCAGUUCCCGUCUUCUUAUAGUGUGGUAUCUUCGGUGGGGUCCUUUGCUCCUACAUUGGCCACCAAGGGCACCGUCAAAACCCUCAAGAAUCAGUGCAUUGGGGUGGAUGGCCGCCAUGCGGAUGAUUAUGACGAUGGAGUUUCGUCCAUUGGCAUGUCCAAGGCUCCCACGUUGGCCACACAUCGCUCCAAGUUCACAUCCACUCCCAGCACUGCCUUUAAGCACAAGGAUGUCAGGGUGGAAGACGACGAGGUUUCCGCGGAUUAUUCCGCCUUGGGGUCUCGAGCGCCAACGCUCAGUGGAAAGAGCCCGGGUCGUCAGCCGUCGUCGAUGCCAAAGAGUUCUCUCCGAAGCAGUAACACCAAGAAGAAGGAAACCAAAGAAGCAAAGGACGUGUUCAGUGCCGCUGACAGUGGACUGAGUUUUGACCACUAUGCUUCUGACAUGGCUCUGUUGGGGGGAGUCUUGGGACGUGAGAAUCUCAAGAGUGGUCUGGAAGACGUUGUUGGAUCCUUUUUGCGAAAAGGUGCCAUUGCAGGGUUUUGCCUCUGGCUGUUUCUUCUCGUUGUCAUUGUGUGUGUUGCACCGCUUAAAUCCUAUCAGUACAUGAAUGGACCAGAGCAGAUUGCAAAUGUGAUUCUAUUGACGCUUCUUCUGGUUGUGAACUUCAAUCGCAUUGGCCCUUAUCUGGUCAACGAUCGAAACUACAACUUUUUGACAAGCGGAGCCAUGAUGGCAUCUUGUGUCGUGCAGGCCGUUGCCAUUUUUUCCGUUUUGGCCAUGCUGAUUCUCCCCACGCCAGUGAUCAUUGAUCCUGUUGUUGGGGUCCGCUGCCAUUUGGUCCGCUGGGCUGAGUGGACAGCUCUUUCCUUUGUCAUGACAUUUUUGACGGAAAGCAUUGACUUGCCGUUGGAAGAUGCCAGUGCCAAGCAUGCCUGGUUCACCGCAUCCAUGAUCGCCUUGAGUACUGUCUGCGGAGGCGUUCUCGGUUUCUGUCCCAACGUUGCAUCGUGGUGGUUGGUCUUCUCCAUCUCUUGUGCUCUAUUCUCUGUGCUGUACUUGCGACUGCUUUGGAGGGGAUUCAGACUGUUGCGAAUGCCCAAAGCUGUCACAACAUCGGACAAAGAAGACUACGAGAGAGCCAAAUAUGCUUUCAAGCUUCUUAUUGUCUGUACUUGCAUUUGGACUUUCUUGGUUGUGGCAUGGACAGUGUGCGCUCUGGCUUACCAAAUUGCAGAACCUGGAAGCUUCUGGGCCAACGAUUGGCUCAUUUUGGCCGUCGAGAACUUUUCAGAAGCCCUGUCAAAGAUUGGGUACUUGAGUAUUUUGCUGGAAGUUCAUGAGCUGUUGUUUGAUGAUGUUUCACACACAGCACGAAGGCUGAGCGAGUUGCGCGCGUACAUGUCAGCUGUAUGGGAUGCUUCUACCGACGUCGUAGUGAUCUGCUCCAGUCACAACCAUUUGGUCAAUGCCGCAGUGUCUCCAUCCUUUUUCCAGAUGGAGAGUGCGUUUGGGUACUACAAGCCACUAAAGGAGAAACCAGGAAAUAUCAGUCAUGAGCAGACCACCCUUGUCAUGGAAGUCGACCCCUACGAGGGAUCUUAUCGAACUUACGAGAUGAAUCUUUCCAAACCAAUGUCACGCCAUGAAGCCGAUGCAAUGAUGAAGAACAGCCGGAAGAAGGCUCGGAUGGUGACACCGGUGUACGAGAAGAACCUCAAAGUGUUGUCUGAUUUGGUUUGCGACGCCUGCGCCAUUGCAGUCCCUGAUGGUCAAAAGCAGUACGAGGUAAUACAGGACUUUUAUUGCCUCGACCAGUACCGCAAUCAAGAAGUCUUGACCUGCCAGGCCAAGGUUGUCAAACUCAAGGACAAAGCGUUCCUCAUCGUUCUGCGCGAUGUCACACCACGCCACUACAUUGAAGAGAGCCCGGGAGAGGUCGAGAGUGCGCACAUGGGUUCAAACGCAAGUGUUUCAUACAGUAUCGGUUCUCGAGUGAGUUCUCGGGCUAGCAGCUCUCGCUCCGGUCAUAAUCCAACCGCUCUGGCAACCCCUCUGGGCCUAUCCUCAACCCCGCUUGAGCUGGAUUCAACCCCACUCGGUCUAGCCCCUGCUCAAGACGAUUCAACCCCACUCGGUCUAGCCCCUGCUCAAGACGAUUCCAACCACUCAACCCCCCUGGGCCUUGCUCCUCCGGGUGAUGACGAUGACGUUGUUUUAAACAAGCACACUACCCCGCUUGGCCUAGAUCCCAGUGUCGACGACAGUCAUCGCACCAGGAGUACUGCGAAGCUGGACGAAAGCGCAACCCCGCUUGGUCUAGAUCCCAAUGUCGACGACAGUCAUCGCACCAGGAGUACUACGAAGCUGGACGAAAGCGCAAGUGGUGUCGAGGUCGUUAUUGCCAGCCGUGGAGGACAAAACUUGUUUAUUGCCAGCCGUGGUGGACAAGACGUGAGUGGUGGACAAGACUUGGGUGUUGGAAAGGAUACUGGUUCUGAAAAGUUACAGGAAGAGCCAUUAUUCGCCAAGGCGGGCGGAGAUGUCACAGCGCGCUGUAUGCCCAAGCAACAGCCUAUGCAACCUGAAGAAGGGGAGGAAGACGGCAACGAGACAAAAAAGACGAAAUAA